GAAACUGAAGUGUAGUUGAGCUGUUGUGUGUUUGUGUCUCUGUAUUCAUGCAGUAAAAUGGCAGAAGCCAGAUUUUCUCAGGAUGAGUUCCUGUGUGCAGUGUGUCUGGAUCUCCUGAAGGAUCCAGUGGCCAUUCCCUGUGGACACAGUUACUGUAAGAGCUGUAUUACAGGCUGCUGGGAUCAGGAGGAUCAGAUGAGAGUCUACAGCUGCCCUCAGUGCAGACAGACCUUCAGUCCAAGACCUGCUUUAGCUAGAAACACCAUGCUGGCUGAAGUGGUGGAGAAACUGAAGAAGACCAAACUCUCUGCUGACUGUGACGCUGGAGCUGGAGAUGUGCAGUGUGACGUCUGUACUGGAAGAAAAUACAAAGCCGUCAAGACCUGUCUGGUGUGUCUGAACUCUUACUGUCAGAAUCACCUCGAACAACAUGAGAGUUUCUUUAAAGGAAAGAGACACAAAGUGACUGAAGCCACUGGACGACUGCAGGAGAUGAUCUGCCAGAAACAUGAGAAGCUCCUCGAGGUUUUCUGUCGCACUGACCAGAAAUGUAUAUGUGUGCUGUGUAUGGAUGACCAUGAAAACCAUGACACUGUAUCAGCUGCAGCACAGAGGACAGAGAAACAGAAGCAGCUGAAGGAGACGCAGAAGACGCUCCAGCAGAGAAUCCAGCAGAGAGAGAAAGAUCUCCAGCAGCUGAGAGAGUCUGUGGAGUCUCAUAAGCGCUCUGCACAGACAGCAGUGGAGGACAGUGAGAGGAUCUUUACUGAGCUCAUCCGCUCCAUUGAGAGACGCCGCUCUGAGCUGAUACGGCUGAUCAGAGAUCAGGAAAAGCAAGCAGUGAGUCGAGCUGAAGGACGACUGGAGCGACUGGAGCAGGAGAUCAAUGAUCUGAGGAGGAGAGACGCUGAGCUGGAGCAGCUUUCACACACACAGGAUCACAUCCAGUUCCUCCAGAGUUUCCAGUCUCUCUCAGCUCCUCCUGAAUCUACAGACGUAAAUGAUGAUCUCUUCAGUUCUCUCUUCUCUUUUGAUGAUCUGAGAGAAUCUGUCCAUCAGCUGAGAGACAAACUGGAGGAUUUCUGCAAAGAGGAGCUCAAGAAGAUCUCAGACAGAGUCACAUUCACCAACAUUGUUCUCUGGACCAGGAACGACUUCCUACAAUAUUCGCAUCAGCUCACUCCAGAUCUGAACACAGUGAAUAAACGCCUCCGUCUGUCUGAGAGCAACAGAGUGAUUACUGGCACUGACAGAGUUCAGCCGUAUCCUGAUCAUCCAGACAGAUUUGAUAAUAAGUGGCAGGUGUUGUGUAGAGAGAGUGUGUGUGGACGCUGUUACUGGGAGAUUGAGUGGAGUGGAUGUGUGUAUAUAUCAGUGUCAUAUAAGAGCAUCAGCAGGAAGGGAUGGGGUGCUGAGUGUGUGUUUGGAAAUAAUGAUCAGUCCUGGAGUUUGUACUGUUCUCCCUCCAGUUACUCAUUCAGACACAAUAACAUAGAGACUGAUCUCUCUGUGAAGUCCAUCAGCAGGAGAAUAGGAGUGUUUGUGGAUCACGGUGCAGGAACUCUGUCCUUCUACAGCGUCUCUGACACAAUGAGCCUCAUCCACACAGUCCAGACCACAUUCACUCAGCCGCUCUAUCCUGGGUUUUAUGUUUUUAAUGGAUCAGUGAAACUGUGUUGAUGAAUCAGAAUGAGACUGAUGAGAGAUUCUAUCCAUAAUGCUUUGAGCUGCAUGAUGACCCAGGUAGCCAAAAUGGUUUGGCCCGAUAAUGGCCCAGACCCAGCAGGCCGGAAGAAAUAACUAGGCCCGGCUGCGGUUGCCAGACUCAGCAUGGACAUGGGAUGAAUGAUGCCCCAGAAUCAUCCCAAAUACACUGGCCUGAGUCCGGCUGCCAAAACUGCCGGUAUUGGGCCACAAUCACGCCAACAAGAACUGAAACAUGCCAGUACUGGCCCUGGGUACUGAAACUGAGCCAACACAACUGGCAUUGGGCCACAGUCAUGCCAACCAAAAUGGGACACUUAGCCGGCACUGGUCCGACACUGAUUACUGAAACUGAGCCGAAACUGGGUCACAAUCAUGCCGACACCUAGCCAGUACUAGCAGGGCCGUAUGCAGGUUUUUAUAAAUAUCGAGGUCCUAAAAUGGAGAUUGUUAGGGGGGUUGGUGGGCAUGUUCCCCCGAGAAAAUUUAGAUUUUCCUGACUUACAUGUGUGCAUUUUAAGAUGUUUUCAGGCUCAUAAAUUGGAUAAUAAUAUAGGUUUAAAAGCAAGUCAGUGGGCAGUAGCAUAAAGUAUUUUUCAAGAUAGCAAAUUCUUAAAAAUGAGAAUCAGAUUAAAUGUUGCAAUGAAUGAUCCACCCUACAAACUGGAAAUAGAGAACAUAUAGUUUGUUUAUGUUUAUGAAUUUAAUAAACUCUGUUAUAAUUAUCCUGGUUGCCUUCAGUAAAAUCAUGUGUCUAAAAUGAUUAAACAUGAAUAUUAUUAUCAUUAUUUUUUUAUUCACACUGAUAGGAAUUAAUCUUUUCCAAUAAAUUUAAACAGUUUUACCUUUAUAAAGCCAUUUUUUUUCUAAAAGUGUCCAUUAUCUUUUGAGUCAAAUUCUUACAUUUAAUCAGAGAAGAAGAAGAAGAAGACAUUUGAGCUGUUACCAAGCAAAUGAAAUCAACA